AGUCCGAACCAAAGAACACAGUUUUGUUACACACAAACGGUUCCAAAAUCAACAAACACAUUUCAUGUACACUAACCCGCAGGUCUGUUACGUGACAGUUCACAAGUCAGAUUUAUCCAAAUUUAACCUUUUUUCCACUGAAGAAAAAAAGAAGAAUCACCAACUGUUGGUGGAUUGAGUGUCUCCUCGACUGCAGCCAUGCUCUCCUUAUCAGCCCCACCCCACCUCUACCUGAGUCUCCUCCUCUUCUGUCGUACUCCUCAUCCUGUUUUCUCCUGCCGAAUCGGAAACCUCAGUCAGUGUGAGUCUGCUGAAUUUGUACCGGGCCACAACCUGGUUGGGGAGGGCUUUGACGUGGUCACCCUGCAGCAUAAAGGAGCCUACCUGAUUGACGUGAGGACUUACCUCACUGAAGAUAGCAGCUGUACUCUCUGCUCCAACCCUCUUCAAGGCAACAGGCUGCAGAAACUGCCAACCUCUGUAGUGGACUGGCGUGCAUUCAGUGGAUGCAAUGGUAACAUCUACAAAAAUGAAGACCACAGUGUUAGCUCACUGAUUAACACCUACAGCUCCCAGGCCGGUGACGACUGGAUGGCUGAUUUACAUCUAUCUGUGUCAAACAACUUGGAGGUUAGAGGAACUCGAUCCUCUGUGUAUAAGUUUGCCUCCCAAAUGACCAGACAGGACCGCUACUUUUUCAGCACUCAUGGCGUUUCCUGCAGCCAUUAUCGUUACCGCGUGUCCAACACACCAUCGCUCAGUCCCGAGUUCAGGAACCAUUUGAACAGUCUUCCGAGUCAAUACGACUCCAGCACCAGGGCUCAGUACAAUCAACUCAUACAUACCUAUGGAACACACUACAUCCGCCAGGUUCAUCUUGGAGGCCGACUCAGGCGAGUCACAGCUAUCAGAACCUGUUUGUCAACACUGAAUGGACUCUCCUCCAGCGAAGUCCACUCCUGCUUAUCACUGGGUUUCUCUGUGGGCCUGGGGAAGAUAACGUUUCCUGUUAAACACUCUUGCAGUAGUGUCCUAUUUAACCAGCCCACCCAGCACAGAUAUUAUCUCUACCAGCACUACACAGAGGUGAUAGGAGGCACUGGUUGGCCAGGCGAGUUUUCUCUCACUCACAAUGACUCCCUGGGCUACAGGAAUUGGCUGAAAAGCCUUAAGGAGCAUCCAGAUAUUGUUUCAUACAGCAUUAGGCCAAUGUAUGAGCUGGUACCUGAUCAGACACAGAAGAAAGGGAUAAAGGCUGCCAUAGAGCAGUACUUACAAGACAAGGCCGUGAGAAAGUCACCCAGUGAACCAUAUUGUGGGUUGCACACGCCCAACAUGGCCCCCAACUGCUGUCCUCUACAAACCAUGAGGGGAACACUGGAGGUGACCAUCAUCGGAGCCCAGGAUCUAUUCGGAGAUGAUGCCAGCCAGACUGACGGCUAUGCUAAAGUGUUUCAUGGUUCCAGCUAUCACAAGACACCUGUGAUCUCAUCUGACAACCCAGUGUGGAACAGUCACUUCAAUCUGGGCAAGGUGGACACAAACUUGGAAAUUAAGGUCCAGGUCUGGGACCAGGACUGGCACUAUGAUGACCUGCUGGGAUUAUGUACAAGACACCUGACCCAGGGGACGCACCUAAUCCGCUGUACAGCAUACUCAGGUCACUUUGAUUUCAGUUACACUCUGACCUGUGACCCUCACCUGACUGGAGAAAAGUGUGAACUUUACAAACCAUCUUCACGGUGAGAAAUACAGUGGAUUUUCUUUAAAUUACAACUAAUAUCACAUGUCAGCAUCCAUUUUUGUAUUCAAAAGAAACGUCAGUGUGUUUUAAUGUAUUCUCAGUAGUCUUUGACAGUAACCAGCAGUGUGACUAUUUUGUCUGCCUGUACUAGACCGCUGACUUCACUGCAUUAUGCAAUGUUUAAUUAGAUGUAUCAAAAUGUUUCCAUCUAUGUAAAAGCAGCAAAAGAAAUGCUCUCAAAGGAGAACACAGGUCAAGAGAUUGGCAGAGCAAAUGAGGACACAAAAGGUGACUCAUGUCAGAAGAUUACUUUGUUUUUUUUGGUUUGGUUUAAGUGUCACAGUGGUUCACUGAUACACAAGUACUGAUAACAUCAUACAUUUCAUUUACCACCAUUAAGACAUCAUAACAUUCAGUUUUCUCGUUUGCAUUUGUUAAAUGUUCAGUCAGUUAUCCUUUCAACUAAAGACUCGUUUGGUUGGACAAAUAAAAAAGGGCCGUGAGCAUUGUCACUUUGUAUAUAUUUUGUACAUAAUCAAGUUGAGUUUAAUGAUCAGCUGCUGUGAUCUUUGUGAGUGAUGCUUUUUCGGUGGUGGGUCAGUUUACAUUUGUACUUCACAGUGUAAAAGGUAUAAUUUUCCAAUUUUAGUUAUUUACGUAACUGUCAAAUCCUCAUUUUGUCAAUUUUGUGUGACCUUCUUGUGUAAUUAAAG